GACCCAGGCAUGUGGGACCCCCCAUGAGGGACCCAAGUGUGGGGGGACCCCUUUAAGGCUCCCCCAUAAGGGACCCAGGCGUUGAGGACCCACCCCAUGAGGGACCCAAGUUGGUGGGGGGGGGCCCUUGCAGCCCCCCAAUAAGGGACCCAGGUGUCUGGGACCCCUUGAUUGCCCCCUCACAAGGGGCCUGGGCGUUGGGGACCCCCCUCAUGAGGGACCCAAGUGGGGGGGGACCCCCUUGCAGCCCCCCAAUAAGGGACCCAGCCAUGUGGGACCACCUCAUGGGAGACCCUCAUGUGGGGGGACCCCCUUACAGCCCCCCAAUAAGGGACUCAGCCAUUGGGGACCCCCCCCAUGAGGGGCCCAGGUAUGGGGGGACCCCCUUACAGCCCCCCAAUAAGGGACCCGGGUGUUGGGGACCCCCCCAUGAGGGACCCAGGCCUCUGGGACCCCCUUCCCCUCCCCUAAUAAGGCACCCAGUUCUCUGGGACCCCCCCCCAUGAGGGACCUCAGUGCAGGGGAACCCCCUUGCAGCCCCCCAACAAGGGAUCCAGGCCUCUGGGACUCCCCCAUGAGGGCCCAGGUAUGUGGGGAGCCCCUUACAGCCCCCCCAGUAAGGGGCCCAGGCAUGUGGGUCCCCCUCAUGAGGGACUCAAGUGCGGGGGGACCCCCUUGCAGCCCCCCAGUAAGGGACCCGGACCUCUGGGACCCCCUCACGAGGGAGCCAGGGAUCUGGGGACCCCUUCCCCCCCCACGACCCUAAGGGACCCAGGCACCGGGGAGCCCCUCCCGAGGGCCCCAGCCGCCUGGGGGGGUUCCCCCCACACCCUUCCACCGACCCCCCACUAACGCACCGGCGGAGCAGGGCCCGGGGGCCUCCUGUCACCUCCCGGGACUCCAUUUCCCGUCGGGCCUCGCAAAAUGGCGCCGCCCCCUCCCACAAAAUGGCGCCGGGGCCGUUCCCGCCCUUCGGCGCGGCGCGUGCGCAGUGCCCCGCCCCUCCCCGGUCGGGCCGAACCAUUCUGAGGGGAGCGGGGGGGGGGGGUGGCAGCGGACGGGGCCACGCUGAGGGGAGCCGGGGGGGGACUCGGACGCCUGGGUCCGCUGGCUGGAGAUGCUGCGGCGGGUUUUGGGGGGCCGGCGAGGGGGGGCUCUGCCCCCCCUUCCCCCCACCCGGGCAGCCGCCGACCAAACGCCGCCUGACCUGGCCCGGGAGCGCUCCAAAGCCGUCACCUCCUUCUACCACCAGCCCGCCAUCGACGUCGCCGCCGAGAAGCCCUCGGUGCGCUUGACCCCCACCACCAUGUUGUACUCGGGGCGCUCGCAGGACGGCAGCCACAUCCUGAAAAGCGCCCGCUACCUCCAGCAAGAGCUGCCGGUGCGCAUCGCCCACCGCAUCAAGGGCUUCCGCAGCCUCCCCUUCAUCAUCGGCUGCAACCCCACCAUCCUCCACGUGCACGAGCUGUACAUCCGUGCCUUCCAGAAGCUCAGCGAUUUCCCGCCUAUCCAGGCGCGGGGAGACGAGGCACGGUACUGCGCCCUGCUGCGGCAGCUGCUGGAGGACCACAAGGACGUGGUGACGCUCUUGGCCGAGGGGCUGCGCGAGUGUCGCCGUCACAUCCAGGACGAGCGCAUGCUGCGGCCUUUCCUGGACAAGACGCUGACGUCGCGGCUGGGGAUGCGGAUGUUGGCCGCCCACCACCUGGCCCUGCACGAGGACAAGCCCGACUUCGUGGGCAUCAUCUGCACCCGCCUCUCCCCAAAGAAGCUCAUCGAGAAGUGGGUCGACUUCGCCCGGCGGCUGUGCGAGCACCAGUACGGGAACGCGCCGCGGGUGCGCAUCAACGGGCACGUGGCGGCGCGGUUCCCCUUCAUCCCCCUGCCCCUCGACUACGUCCUGCCCGAGCUGCUCAAGAACGCCAUGAGGGCGACGAUGGAGUCCCACCUCGACACCCCCUACAACGUCCCCGACAUCGUGGUCACCAUCGCCAACAACGACAUCGACCUCGUCAUCCGGAUCUCUGACCGGGGCGGUGGCAUCCCCCACGACCUCCUGGACAAGGUGACCGAGUACCACUUCAGCACGGCCGAGGCCAGCGCCCAGGACCCCCGCUUGGGGGGCCCCUUCCGCAACCUCCUGGACUUCAGCAACAGCGGCCAGGCCUGCCCCAUGCACGGGUUCGGGUUCGGGCUGCCCACCUCGAGGGCCUACGCCGAGUACUUGGGGGGCUCGCUCUGCCUGCAGUCGCUGCAGGGGGUGGGCACCGACGUCUACCUGCGCCUGCGUCACAUCGACGGCAAGGGGGAGAGCUUCCGAAUCUAGGGGGAGCCCGGACGCCUGGGUUCCUCCUGCCACCACCGCCCCACACGCCUGGGGCCCGGAGACCCCAAUGUUGGACGUUCAUCGUUGGGGAGGUCAAGGUUCUUCUGGAGAACCCCCCCACGUUGGAUGUUCAUCGUCGCGGAGGUCAAGGUUCCUCUGGAGAACCCCCCCACGUUGGACGUUCAUCGUCGUGGAGGUCAAGGUUCUUCUGGAGAACCCUCCCAUAUUGGACAUUCAUCGUCACGGAGGUCAAGGUUCUUCUGGAGAACCCCCCCACGUUGGACGUUCAUUGUCAGGGAGGUCAAGGUUCUUCUGGAGAACCCCCCCACGUUGGACAUUCAUCGUUGCGGAGGUCAAGGUUCCUCUGCAGAACCCCCCUGUGUCGGACAUUGAGCAUCAUGGGCAUCAAGGUUCCUCCAGAACCCCUCCAUGUUGGACGUUCAUCGUCAUGGAGUUCAAGGUUCUUCUGGAGAACCCUCCCAUAUUGGAUGUUCACCGUCAUGGAGAUCAAGGUGCUCCUGGAGAACCUCCCCACGUUGGACGUUCACCAUCAUGGAGAUCAAGGUGCUCCUGGAGAACCUCCCCACGUUGGACGUUCACCAUCAUGGAGGUCACGGAACCUCCCCACGUUGGACGUUCAUCGUCUCGGAUGUCAUGGUCCUCCUGGAGAACCUCCCCACGUUGGACGUUCACUGUCAUGGAGGUCACGGAACCUCCCCACGUUGGACGUUCACCAUCAUGGAGGUCACGGAACCUCCUCACGUUGGACAUUCAUCGUCUCGGACAUCAUGGUCCUCCUGGAGAACCUCCCCACGUUGGACGUUCACCAUCAUGGAGGUCACGGAACCUCCCCACGUUGGACGUUCACCAUCAUGGAGGUCACGGAACCUCCCCACGCUGGACAUUCAUCGUCUCGGACGUCAUGGUCCUCCUGGAGAACCUCCCCACGUUGGACGUUCACCAUCAUGGAGGUCACAGAACCUCCCCAUGUUGGACGUUCACCAUCAUGGAGGUCACGGAACCUCCUCACGUUGGACAUUCAUCGUCUCGGACGUCAUGGUCCUCCUGGAGAACCUCCCCACGUUGGACGUUCACCAUCAUGGAGGUCACGGAACCUCCCCACGUUGGACGUUCACCAUCAUGGAGGUCACGGAACCUCCCCACGCUGGACAUUCAUCGUCUCGGACGUCAUGGUCCUCCUGGAGAACCUCCCCACGUUGGACGUUCACCAUCAUGGAGGUCACAGAACCUCCCCACGUUGGACGUUCACUGUCGUGGAGGUCACGGAACCUCCCCACGUUGGAUGUUCACCAUCACGGAGGUCACGGUGCUCCUGGAGAACCUCCCCACAUUGGAUGUUCAUCAUCAUGGAGGUCACGGUGCUCCUGGAGAACCUCCCCACAUUGGACAUUCAUCAUCAUGGAGGUCACGGUGCUCCUGGAGAACCUCCCCACGUUGGACGUUCACCAUCACGGAGGUCAAGGUGCUCCUGGACACCUGGGUCCCUUGGACAUUGGGGUGCCCACCACCCCCCCCCAAGACACUGGGGUUCCUGCCUUCCUCCCCUCCCCCCCCCCAGCCCUGUUUGGCUUCGUUAGGGCCCCCCUCGUUAACGGCAGCGGGGAGCCCCCUCAUUAAAGCUGCAGACGGUGCCAA